CAAACGGCCGAGAAAAUGACAAUACACUCACCAAACCAGCAAACCAAACGAAGGAUAACAUUAAAAAUGAACACUUAGAAAGAUAUCUUCUAGAUUUUGCUUAUUAAAGCUUUGAUUUGAUCGUUUCCUCGAUCUCAUUUAAUAUUUUUAAAAUUAAUCUCAAACCCAAACCACCCCAUUCAGCGGAAUUGACAAUGCUGCUUAACGUGGGUACUUUCAUAAGAUCAGCUACUCGAUUUUCUCCUUUCAUUAUAACCCAUUCUUCUCCUUCAUCUCCUUCUUCGUUUUGUUUCAGUUUCUCUCCAAAGCAAACCGUCUCUUUUACUCCACAAUCAUCGCAAAUGGCGUCUUUUACUACGUUAUCUCAAUCGCCUCCAAAGCUAUUGUUUCGUCAGUUGUUCGAGAAAGAAUCAUCUACUUAUACUUACCUUCUUGCUGAUUGUUCCCACCCUGAUAAACCAGCGCUUUUGAUUGACCCUGUAGACAGGACUGUUGAUAGAGAUUUAAAUUUGGUUAAAGAAUUGGGGCUGAAGCUUAUUUAUGCUAUGAACACUCAUGUACAUGCUGAUCAUGUUACUGGAACUGGCCUCAUCAAGGGCAAGGUGCCUGGUGUCAAAUCCGUUAUUUCAAAGGCCAGUGGUUCCAAGGCUGAUGUUUUUGUUGAAGCUGGUGACAAAAUCUCUUUUGGGGAUCUCUUUCUUGAGGUCCGUGCUACUCCUGGUCAUACAAUGGGUUGUGUUACCUAUGUCACGGGAGAUGGACCAGAUCAACCUCAGCCAAGGAUGGCUUUCACAGGAGAUGCUCUGUUGAUAAGGGGAUGUGGGAGGACAGAUUUUCAGGGUGGAAGUUCACAGCAACUCUACAAGUCAGUGCAUUCACAGAUUUUUACAUUACCGAAAGAGACAUUGCUAUAUCCAGCUCAUGACUACAAAGGAUUCUCAGUAACCACUGUGGGAGAGGAGAUGCUAUAUAAUCCACGCUUGACAAAGGAUGAGGAGACUUUCAAAAAUAUCAUGGAAAAUCUUAACUUGGCAUAUCCUAAGAUGAUUGAUGUUGCAGUGCCAGCAAAUAUGGUUUGUGGGUUGCAAGAUUUGGAACCUAAAGCCGAUUGAGGCUUUGCUGGACACCAUCCAUAAGUGUGCACAGAUUUUAGUUGUAUUAUAAUUCUGGAUCUUAAUAUCACUGGAUAUGCUAAAUAAAAUGGCUAGAGAAGCCACGUGAUUGCAAGGAA